AUGGACGUACACGCAGCCGAAGUGGUAUUCCACAAUGUGGAAGCAGAUGACGACCGCCAGGAGGACGUCGAGCAAGACUACCAGGACGAACAGACAAGCAACCAGCGCAAGCGCAAACUCCAACAAGUCGUGCCUGUUGCUAAAAGAAUGCAGACGACAACGGGAUCGAUGGCAACAAUAUGCGUGUCAUUACAGCGUUCCCGGCAGAAUUCCGUGGCGAAUACAAGCAUCGACCCAGUUAUUGCGUCCGGGCCGAAGAGGUUGAACGUCAAAGCGGCUUCUGGCAGAGGCCGCCGGCGCGCUGAUUGGGUUACGUACGUAUACGCUGAAUUGCUCUCGGAAUUCCAUCGGUUAAAAUCUGCUGGAGUCAAGUUCUCCCCUGCUCUCCUUGUUCAGCUGGCACGCAUGGUUGUGGACAACGCACCAGCUGAAGAACCCUGGGAAGCGAUUCUUCUUGGAGCUGGCUUCAAAGACAGUUCGCGCUAUGAAUGGUAUGCGUGA